GUCUUAAACACGGAGCUAGGAUGCAUCGCACUCAAACUCAAUUGAGAUAAAAUGAGAUUAGGAUACGUUUUUUAACGCCUAAAAAAUACAGCAUAUUUCAGUCCUACACUAAAUAAAGUUGCUAUUACAAAAAGUGUUAUAUUUCAACCCCUUAUCAUCGUAUCCAAUAAUACUACCAGGUCACGAAAUUCGAUUCGGCACCGAACCGGCUUAAAAACAAUAUUAUUAAUCGGAACAAAGGAAUAUUGUUAAAAUCAUUUGGAUUUUAAGAAAUGGCAGACCCACUCAGCUUACUUCGACAAUACCACGUCAAUCAAAAGGAAAUUGUUGAGAAGGAUUUAAAAAUCCUUUUCGGCGAGUUUGCAUGGCCCAAGAAUGUCAAGACAAAUUACAUGAUUUGGGGUUCGGGAAAAGAUGGACAAGCAAAGGAAUAUUAUACAUUGGAGUGCCUGCUGUUCUUAUUAAAAAACAUUAAUUUGAGCCAUCCUGUUUACGUUCGUCACGCUGCUGCUGAAAAUAUUCCGGUGGUAACUCGGCCGGACAGAAAAGAUGUUUUGGCUUAUCUUAAAGGCGAGACGGCUGCAUCGGCGAGCAUCGAUAAGUCUGCACCUUUGGAAAUUCCGACACAAAUCAAAAGAACAGCAGAAGAUUCUCACGAAUCUGCUGCUAAAAAGCCAAGAUAUGAGGAAAUGCAGUUUCAAAAAGUGAAGGAGACGUUGGCUGCUCGUCUUGACGCCCCCCGUGAAACUAUUGUCACCAUUAAUAAUAUCAAGUCUCUCUCGGAGGCCAUGUCAGUUGAAAAAAUUGCUGAAAUAAAAGCCAAGCGUCUUUCAAAGAAACGAACCACAAUUAAGGGACAUGAUGAUAUCGAAAUGGGUUCCGAAGUUCGAGCUAUGUUGGAUUACGAUUUGGAUGUUACAAAAGACAUCGUCUCUAGAGAACGACAAUGGAGAACACGUACAACAAUUCUUCAGAGUAAUGGCAAGCAGUUUGCGAAAAGUAUUUUUGCAAUUUUACAAUCCGUUAAAGCAAGAGAAGAAGGGAAAUCGAGGCCGAUGACUAUGUCCGUUCAGGCAAUAACUCCCAGACCUACGAUACCUGUAAAAUCUGCGCCGCCGGUUGAACGAUACAACAGAUAUAAUCAACCGGGAUAUAAUAGAUACGAUCAAGAAAGGCUACAUAAAGAUGAAACCGAAGGGUUCAAAAUUGAUCUCCUUGGAUCUUACAGUGGGCUGUCCCUAAAAAGUGUUACAGACGGCACUCUAAAUAAAAAUAAAUCUACUCCUCCGACACCCAGCACUCCUGUCAUUUCGUCAUCAAUCAACCAAACCCCUGGAAAAAGUCCAAUAAUAACCCCACAAAAUAAAAGAGUUUCACGAACACCCAUAAUUAUUAUUCCUGCUGCAAAUACAUCUUUAAUAACAAUGUUCAACGCCAAGGAGGUAUUGCAAGAUUUAAGAUACAUUGGGAAUGAAGAAAAGAAGGCUCAAGGAGGUAAAAGGGAUAACGAAAUACUAAUCCAUCGAAUGAGAAAUGGAGAGUCAGUACCGUACAGGGUGAUUGACAAUCCCCAAAAAUUAAGUCCUGUAGACUGGGAACGUGUUGUCGCUGUAUUUGUGAUGGGUCCAGCUUGGCAGUUUAAGGGUUGGCCGUGGGAUGGGAAUCCGGUUGAAAUUUUUUCUAAAAUCUGCGCGUUUCAUUUGAAAUAUUCCGAUAUGAAACUUGACGCUAACGUCGCUAAGUGGGCAGUUAACGUCAUCCAACUAUCUAAAAUUAAAAGACAUUUGGAUCGCGCUGCUUUAAUGACCUUCUGGGAGAAACUUGAUUUAUACAUCGCAAAAAGCAAACCGUUUCUUCGAUAUUAAUUUUUUAACAAUUCCCUCAAUCAAUAUAGGUAUACAAUACAUAUAUUGGUAUUAUUGUAUCUCGAAAACUAUUCUCGUAGAUUUUAGAGUUUUAUUUUAGACUUAUUUUUAUUUUCUUCUUUUUUAUCUACAUACAUUUAGACAGGAAUCACGGAUUAAACCGUUACGAGAAUAAAUUUAUCAUGAUCGUCCACCGAAAUAAAAUAUGUAGGAAUAGAGUUUAAAGUGAAAAUUUUAGUUUAUAUUCAAUAAUGAAACCUUAUAUUUUGACACCUAACAUUUUGAAACCAAAAAUUAAAAAUAUUAUUGGUCCAGUUUUCAUAUUGAACAUAUAUAUAUAUAUAAGUAAUUCUGUUAGUUCUAGGUCUGUUUCAUAGACGUUAAUUUACUCUUGGGAUAGCAGCGUUAGUGCAUUAGUCCUGGAAGAGAAAAUGAACUAUAAUUAAUGCAUCCUGGUUUGUUGUGAGAAUAAAAUGAUGGAGUGAUAUCAUAUCAGAACUUUA